AUUCGACUGAAGAGAAUGUCACGGAGCAGAGAAAACAGCCUCCAGGAUCAGGUAGACUAUUAUAAGGAGAAAAAUCAAAAGCUUACUGCAAGAUGCAAACAACUAGAAGAUGUAGUUAAAUCAUUACAACAUGAAAACAGCCUUCUUAAAGGAGAAAAACCAAAUAAAAAAGAUUCAAGAUCGAAAGAAGGAAGAGAGGCUGUAAUUGAUUAUUCUUGGGCAGAAAAUUUUGAUACAAAACUAACAAGCCACCCUAAGACUGAUACAGAAAGAAAAUUGAUUGAGGAAGCGUUUAAAAAGAAUUUCCUUUUAGAAGAUAUAAUAGAUGAACAAUUAGUGGAAAUCGUCAAUUGCAUGUACAAACAAGAAAUAUCAGAGGGGAAGUUAAUUUGUAAACAAGGCCAACGAGGCGAUAGUGUAUACGUAUUAGUGAAAGGAAAAUUAUCAGUACAACAGGAAAAGGGAGAAAGUGAAAUUAUAAUAAACAACAUUGAGGAUGGUCCAGAAAUAUUUGGCGAGUUGGCUAUUUUAUAUAAUUGUAAGAGAACAGCCACAAUACGUGCCGAGACGCAAUGUACCGUUUUCGGAAUAGAUAGAAGCUCUUUUAAAGCAAUUCUAGUUAGAAAUACUAUUUAUAGAAGAGAAAAGUUUGUUUCUCUCAUUAAAAAAACAUUCGACUUUGAGAGUGAGGAUCAUUUUGAAAAAAUUGCGGACGUUGCUGAAUUACGAUUCUUCCAAGAAGGAACCGAAAUUAUUAGGCAAGGAGAAAAAGGAACAGCUUUCUAUAUUAUUUAUAAGGGAAAGGUCAAAGUUUCGCAGAAUAGUGAUGAUGGAUCUCGGAUCGAAAUCAAUAACUUAAAGGAGGGAAAUUAUUUUGGGGAAAAGAGUUUAACGAAAACUGACACGACAACUGCAAAUGUCAUUGCGGAUAAAGAAGGAACAUCUUGCUUAACUAUCACCAGAAUAAACUUUAUUAGAUUAAUGGGUGAUAUUCCAAGUUUAAGGAAAAGCAUUCAUCAUAAAGAUUAUCUAGACUCCAAACCAAAAGUGAAUCUGACAGAGAUCAAGAAGAAGGAGAAAAUUGACAUUGAUAAGAAAUAUCGAAAUAUUACUCUUCAAACCCUUCGGAGAGGAGUAAUCCUUGGAACAGGAGCUUUUGGAACUGUAGAACUUGCUACUCAUGCAUCAUGUCCAAAUGAAUCUUUCGCUCUAAAAUGCUUAAAAAAACAAGAUAUUAUCGAAAGGAAGCAAAAGAAAGAAGUUAUGUCCGAAAGAAAAAUAAUGAUGACAAGUAAAAGUUGCGAUUUUAUUGUACCAGUUUAUAAAACCUUUAAAGACGCAAAAUUUCUAUACUUAUUAAUGCAAGCCUGUCUCGGAGGUGAAGUAUGGACUUAUCUUUCCAAGAAUAAGGAUGGCUUAGGUGACAAAGCCGUUAAAUUUACAACAGCAUGCGUUGUAGAGGCAUUCGAAUUUCUACAUCGUAGGAACAUUGUUUAUAGAGAUCUAAAACCUGAGAAUUUAGUACUAGACAAUCAGGGUUAUGUCAAAUUGACCGAUUUCGGAUUUGCAAAGAAACUAAACAAGGGUCAGAAAACCUAUACAUUCUGUGGAACACCUGAAUAUGUCAGUCCCGAAGUAAUCCUUAGUAAAGGUCACGAUUGUUCAACAGAUUAUUGGGCAUUAGGAAUCCUUAUUUAUGAACUUUCAACUGGAGAACCACCUUUCCAAGGCAAUGAUCCCUUGGAUACGUAUAAAAUUAUUAUUGAAGGUAUUAACUCCAGACCAAUGCCAAAGACAUUAAGUAAGCACACCAGAGAUUUAAUCUUUAAAUUGUGCUGCGACGAACCGACCGAAAGGUUAGGUUGCCAAGCCAACGGUGUAAAAGAUAUAAGAAGACACAAGUGGUUUUCUGGUUUUGACUUUUGGAGUUUACGUUUAAGACAACUUAGAAUACCUAAAGUAUUUCGAACGCCACCAAAAAAUCUCACUGAUACGUCAAACUUUCAAGAGUUUAGAAAGGAAGAUGAAGAUAUCGAAGACGUAUAUGAUUCUUGGGAUGAGGAGUUCGAUUGCGAUUUUCCAAAUGAAGAUUAA